ACACAUUCAUCAACACACUUAUUCCAGGUUGAAAAGUCAAACAUUCAUGGCAGAGACAGUUGUGUGCGUACGUGUUUGCGUGUAUGUGUAGGUACGUGUGUGUUCAUGUGUGAGCAAAGCAAACAGUGAAGUACGUAAGAACAGAGAGAAGAAACAGGAAGGAGAGCAGAGAAAGGAGGAGGAGGAGGAGGAGGAGUGGUGUUAUUGUGAGGGUACAACGCAACAAUGAUGGUGGUGGUGGUGGUGAUGUCUUAAGGUGUGUUAGUGGCCCCUGAUAUAACCUGGCGUGACUUAACCUGGCCUCACCUGCUGUUACCUGACUCCUGACUCACCUGCGCUGUGUCAGUCUCCACCUGCCUCAUCCUCAUGUCACAGGAACCUAUUUUGAUGAGGUAUAAGAGGCCAAUGACCUCAACAUGACCCCAGCUGGCCUGCUUCUCGCUGCCCUCCUGACCUCCGGUGUCGCCGUGAGGGGGGACGAGGCCGAGUACAGACUCACGCGGUACCUGAUGAGCAACUAUGACAAGAGUGUACGACCCUCCCUCAAGGCGACCAUGGCCCUCAACAUCACCUUCGGCCUCGCCCUCACGCAGAUCAUAGACGUGGAUGAACGUAACCAGAUCUUGACGACCAACUGUUGGCUGAAUCAGAUGUGGCUGGACUACAGUUUGCAGUGGAACGCUUCAGACUUCGGAAACAUUCAAGUGAUUCGCCUUCCCGCGGAGAAACUGUGGAAACCUGACAUCAUUCUGUACAACAACGCUGACAGUCAGUACAACAACGCCAUCCUGAACAACAUCAUCGUCACCUCGGAUGGUAACGUGACGUGGCUCUCCUCGGCCAUCUUCCGCUCCUCGUGCUCCAUCAACGUGGAGUACUUUCCCUUCGACGAACAGAAGUGCGUCAUGAAAUUCGCUUCCUGGACCUACGACGGAUUCCAGGUUAACUUGGUGAUUCAGACGGAGGAGGGAGACCUGAGCAAUUACGUGACAAAUGGUGAGUGGGAUAUGAUGGACAUGGUGGUGGAGAGGAACGUCGUCUAUUACUCCUGCUGCGAGGCGCCUUACCCUGACAUCACCUACCACAUUAUUCUCAGACGCCGCCCGCUCUUCUACGUGUUUAAUCUGAUCCUGCCAUGCGUGCUCAUCACCGGCAUCGCCCUCAUGAGUUUCUACAUGCCCAGUGACUCCGGAGAGAAGGUGACUCUGGGCAUCACCACGCUGCUCUCCAUGACUGUCUUUCUCAUGGUGAUUGGCGAGUCCAUGCCGCCCACCUCAGAGAAACUGCCGCUCAUUGGUCUAUACUACGGCGUGACAAUCUCCCUGGUGUCCUUCGCUACGGGCCUAUCGGUUGUCACUCUGAACAUACACCACCGAGGGAUGCGAGGCCGUGAGGUGCCCGCCCUGGUGAAGCGUGUGGUGUUCUGCUACCUGGCGCGGCUCAUGUGCAUCAGGCUGGACAUUCCUGAUCCCAUGGGAGGACAGGGGCACCGCUUCCCGCCGCCACAACCACCUUCUGCUGCUACUUCUGGUGGUGGUGGUGGUGGUGGUGGUGGUGGUGGUGGUGGUGCAGGUGGUAAUAGCCAAACUGCGGGUGAGUUUGGGCCCCACGUGGACCUGACAGAUCGCCUGCUGGAGGAGGAGACCAAGUGUGAGAAUGGAGGCGUCCCAGGCACCAGCCAGGAGAGUCUGAGGAGGAGAACCAGCAUCAAAAGAAUGACGGGGGGCUGCCUUCACAACGCCUCCUGCCCCGCCUCGCACCCGUGUCUGGACCACUUCGAGCGUCACUUCCUGCGGGUGCUGAACAAGGUGCACCAGACCAUCGAGAAGAACGAAAUCCGCCUCGCCGAGCAGGACAGACGUGACACUAUCAGGCUGGAGUGGCAGCAGGUGGCGCUGGUGGUGGACAGGUUUCUUCUGUGGACAUUCAUCAUUGCCACCAUCAGCACGACCUUCGGCAUCAUGUAUAUGUCUCCGCACACCAAGCUCUUCACCAUGUAGAGAGAGAGAGAGAGAGAGAGAGAGAGAGAGAGAGAGAGAGAGAGAGAGAGAGAGAGAGAGAGAGAGAGAGAGAGAGAGAGAGAGAGAGAGAGAGAGAGAGAGAGAGAGAGAGAGAGAGAGAGAGAGAGAGGCUGGCUUUUUAUGUUAGCCCUGAAAAUCUUCUACUACAAAAAAUAACAAGCCAGUCUUUCAUAACUUGUCAAUUCCACUCGAGACAGUUUGGGAGUGAAAAAUGGCGCGCGCACACACACACACCUUUUCAUUCAUUUUUUGCAUCGUCAGUCUCUCAAAACUUGUCAAUUUCACUAAAAAAAAAAAAAAAAAAGGACAGUUUAGGAAUGAAAAAUGUCACACACACCUUAUCAUUCAUUCUUCACGUGGAAAGAUUUACAAAAUUUAUCGAUUUAACCUUAGCCUCUUCAGUACUGGGGCGCACUUUUACCACGUGUUUUGGGUGUGAUUAGACGAUUAUGUUUACAUCAGGUAGGGUCUAUGGAGGUCAGAGGACUAGUGGUCACUAUUUCGAUCCCCACAAGUUUUUGAAGCUGUUUAACCCUUCAGUACUGGGACACAUUAUUACCUUGAGAUUUGUGUACGACUAGACCAUUUUAUUUACAUUAGGAAGGGUCUAUGGAGGUCAGAGGAUUAAUGGCCAGAUUCUUCACUAUUUCGAUCCCCACAUAAGUUUCUGAAGUUGUAUAAAAUCGACAAAUAGUAACCACAAUGAAUAUGGAAACGCGUCACAGCACUGAAGGAGUUGAGAAGACAGUGUUUAGCAAUUAGACAAUACAUACACAAACUUUAUCAUUCCUUUUUCACAUCAACUGGUACAUUAUUCAUCAGUUUAAAACAGAAAAACAAGGAAAAAACAACAAAUUUCCAACAUCUUAUCCCCGAACACACACACACACACACAGAGAGAGGCGGAGCGAAGGAA